GAGACGUCCAAAGUUGAAUACCAGAAGCCUAUAUCUCAUGAUUGUCCGUGCACUACAGCAUCUAUUUGGCUUGAUGUUUUCUUUAUCAUUGACUCUUCGUCGGCGAUGACAAGCAGCGGCUUUGACUGCUGGGACAAGCGAUGGGUCAGCAGACACGUGUGGGGUGAGGUUUUUCGUACCUCAUUAGCCACUAGUUCUUUAUCUCCCGGUGGUUUCACUGUCAAUAAAACAAUAUCGGUGAGAAAAAAUGUCCCACGACCUUCCAGAUUCAUAACGUAUGGAGCAGAUGCCCAGAUGCAUCAUGACUUGAACUACUGGAAAUCCACUAAUGAUUUGCUGGAUACACUGGACCUACGUUUCCAUGGCACAAGAGGGACAAAUAUUGAGGCGGCUAUCCGACUGGCAACCGCCGGCUUCGACAGCGUCCAUCAUCGACCAAACGCUAGAAAAGUGAUUGUAAUUAUUGCAUCGGCUAUUGAGUGA